AUGACCAUCAACGGUAUAAAAAAAGAGCCCAUUAAGGUCAUCGUUAUCGGUGCCGGUCUUGGCGGAUGCGCCUGCGCACUCGCUCUUAAACAUCAUGGACACGAUGUAGUUGUUUAUGAGAGGCUGAAAGCAUUCCGACGGCUGGGUGACUCGUUAGGGCUAGGGGAGAAUGCGCUCAAGCUACUCGAACGCUGGGGAGGCAAGUCUCUUUACCAUAAAUUAACUAGCAUCGGUAAUCAAGCCCCUGACAUGCAAAUCCGCCGCUGGCACGACGGCAAGAUUCUAGCGCAGCAGCCGUUGAUGGAUAUGGCGGGCUACAUCGGCCAUCGCGGGGAUUACCACGAAGCUUUCAUUCAAGCCGUGAAAGACGCUGGCAUUGAAAUACAGAUGGGCCGCGAAGUUGUCGCAUACGAUGAGUUUAAGCCAAGCGUGAUAUUUGCCGACGGAACAGAGGAUACGGCAGAUCUCAUCGUGGGUGCCGACGGUAUCAAGUCGCGUGCACGGGAGCUCGUAUUGGGAUUCGAAGACGCACCGAAGAGCAGUGGAUACUCAUGCUACCGAGCUUAUUUUCCCGGAAAGCAUUUGCGGGAAGACCCCUUAUGUCGCGAGUUUGUAGACCACGACUGUGUUAAUAUUUGGAUCGGCGAAGAUACACAUCUAGUUCAGAACACUCUCCGGAAUGGCGACGAGUUCAACUGGAUUGUAACGCGCAAGCUAUCUCACGAAGCUGACAUGGUGAUCAAGGAGUCCUGGUUUCAAGAGGGAAACAUGGACGAGGUCAAGAAGUCGCUCCAAGAUUUAGACCCGCGGAUACGCGCCGCUACAAGAUGUUACGAGAAGCUGCGAUUCGGGAGGACUAGAGCCAGUCAGACGAACGGAGAGGACUUGAGAGAUCGCUGGCACAACGCGCUCAAGAACGUGGACGAGGGCGUCGAGAUCGAUCCCGAAACCGUCAAGAUGCGGAACAGGUGGUUGUACGCGUUUGAUGCCGAGGCAGAUACGAUGGAGCGCUGGGACGAAGUUUCGGCGCUGGUUUCGGAUGAGUUGAAGGCUGGGAAGAUUACGCCGUUAUGCUAA